UACGUUUCCACUUUUGCAACUACUUCGUCAGAUGAAAAUAACGUCAACUCCAAUGAGCCUUCGAGAGAUUGUGGUCGUACCAAUUCGAAUCCGCAGCUACAUGGUAUAGAUGAAAUCCGGCGUACUUUAGAAGGUUUCAAUGAGCUGCCAGCCAACUGUGAGCCUAAUAGCGUGGAAAAUUAUCAGCGAAUUGAUUUUUCGUCAGAACGAUACGAACAACUGACAGGGUCUUCGCAACAAAAUGAUAUUUCGCAACGCGGCGUUGAAUCAUUAAUGGAACGCAGCGAAUCGCGCACAGGACAUAUUUUGCCAUUGCAAGGUAACGGAACACCAUCACUGAUAGACUCGUCAAUGCAAGGUAACGUAACAACGCCGCAAAGAGACCCGACAGCGCUAGGUAACACAGAACCACAACAUACCCCAGACCCGUUCAUACAAGAUAACGUAGCACCAUUGCAUACUGAAGAGCGAUCAAUGCAAGAUAAUCUAGCACCACUAAACACUAGAAAAGACCCGUCGAUGCAUGAUUACGUAGCACCGCUGUAUACCAAAAACCCGACAUUGCAAAGUAACGUAGAACCACCAUGCACUAGAUAUCCGUCAGUUCACGAUUAUGUAGCAUCACUGCAUACUAGAGACCUCACAAUGCGAGAUAAUAUAGCUCCACUGCAUACCGCGGACCCGUCAAUGCAAGGUGACGUAGCACCAUUAAAUAGAAACUCGUUAAUACAAGGUAAUGUAGCACAAGUAAAUAGAAACCCGUCGUCGCAAGGUAACGUUGAAUCACGACGAAAUCAAUCACCUUAUUACAACGAAACACGGCAUCAAAAUCGCAUUCCAUCGCAACGUAAUGCAACACCACAAGACAAUUGCAACCUAUCCGCGACACGAACAUCUUCGGAGACGGAUAACCGUCCAAAUUUUCCUAGACACCAAGAAACUACGAGAACGCCGAACGUCUUUAGAGAAAACAGGCAUGAAAACGAAGGACAGCAUCAGAUGCAACCUGGCUUUUAUCAACAACAAUGGCAAAACGAACUAUGGCCGCAUCGUAAUGAACCAAUUGUUUAUGUAUCACAAGAGUCAGUGAAUUUUGUGAUCAGCGAAUUACGAUCGCUCCGGAAUCUUUUUCAAACUGAAAUGCGAAAAAUGCGAAACUUGUACGAACGCGAAUUGAUGACGGAUUUCCCGAUUAAGCCCAACUCGCUGCCGUUAUCAAGCCCCGAGGAAGUGACCGCUUUUGAAAAUAUACCAGAUAAAGAAUACAAAGACAUUAAAACUUAUUUGGGCUCGCUGGGUGGCCACACUUUGGUCGAAACGGCCAAUGAGAUGCUCAAGAACACGAUGAAGGACUCGGUAUCACAAGCUUUGACGUGGCACGGUCGCAAGCCGAAUGAGAUAUCCCUAGGAAAGUCGAAAUUCGCAAAAGCGCUGUAUGCGUCUGUUGCGAGGAAUCGAAGCUUACCAAAACCAAAUUGGUCCGAAUUCACCGAAGCCAUGGUUAAUGCACUCAGGAGCUCCAAACAGUGCUAUCGUAACAGCUUGAAACGAAUGGAAGAUAUAAACAGAAAUCAUAGGAACGUAAAUCCCACCGAUGGACGUCGAGCUACCAAUUUAAGGCAUAACGAAGACGCUCGCAAUUCGGAUGAUUCUGAAUUUGUUGAAGAACUUCGCGAUCGAGGCAGGCAAAACUUUCGCGACCGAUUGCGAAGCCGUCAACGCAUCCGGAGGGAUUCGUCGUCUUCUCUUAACAGCGCAAGACCGGGCUCCCCGGAUUCGUCCUAAGUAUUUUUGAGCGUCUCGUCGUUCAACGCCAUAUUGUUUAAGGCAUCUGACACGCACGCACGCGCUCGCGCGCGCACACACACACACACACACACACACACACACAAAUAUAUAUAUAUAUGUUUUUGCAAGGAGUCUGGU